AUAUCUCUCACCAUCCCAAUCCUCGCUGCUACGGCAAGCCCACCUUCAUCUCUCCAAUCCACAACUCUGCAAUUCGACUCAAUUCCUCUUCUCCCUCCAGUGCCUCUUCCUCCCCCGUCAUUAAGCUUCACCUUCUGCUCCGCCGCUUCCAGAUUCUUCUCCGGCAAUCACCGAAUCCCAAACCCUAAUUUUCAUCGCUUCCUCCGCCCACCAUCUUCUCUUGCGAUCAGAGCCAAGGCAACGGAUUUUUACUCCACUCUCAAGGUCGCGAAGAACGCCACAUUGCAGGAGAUUAAGAGCUCCUAUCGGAAGCUCGCACGUCAGUACCAUCCGGAUAUGAGCAAGAGCCCUGGGGCAGAAGAGAAGUUCAAAGAGAUAAGCGCUGCAUAUGAGGUGCUAUCAGAUGAUGAGAAAAGAACUUUAUAUGAUCGCUUUGGUGAGGCAGGUUUAGAAGGAGAAUUUGCAAGCUCUGAUGGUGGUUCAACAACGGUGGAUCCUUUCGAAGUUUUCGAGAGGUUUUUUGGAGGAUCAUAUGGGUUUUUUGGAGGCUUGGGUGAACAGGGUGGCAUCAAUUUCGAUUUGAGAAACAAGAGGAACCAGGGUCUUGACGUUCGGUAUGACCUGCAUUUGAGCUUUGAAGAAUCUGUUUUCGGAGGCCAGAGGGAAAUUGAAUUUUCUUGCUUCAAUUCAUGUGAUAGUUGUGAUGGAACGGGGGCUAAAUCCAGUAGCUGCCUAAAACCUUGUAGUAGUUGUGGAGGAAUGGGAGGAGUCAUGAAAGCACAGAAGACACCUUUUGGAGUGAUGUCACAGGUUUCUACCUGUGGAAAGUGUGGUGGAGAUGGCAAGGUAAUCACUGAUUAUUGUCAAAAAUGUGGAGGCAGUGGUCAAGUGCAGUCUAAGCAGACAAUGAAUGUGAUCAUCCCUGCUGGUGUUAGUGAUGGAGCCACAAUGCGUAUUCAGGGUGAUGGUAACAUUGAUAAUAAAAGGGGCAUUGUCGGUGAUCUCUAUAUAGUGCUCCAUAUAGAUGAAAAGCAUGGAAUUCAAAGGGAUGGCCUCAAUCUGUACUCAAAGAUCAGUGUAGAUUAUACUGAGGCGAUAUUAGGGACCACUAUGAAGGUAGAAACUGUCGAGGGAAUGAGAGAUCUCCAAAUUCCUUCAGGGACGCAGCCUGGAGAAACAGUAAAGUUGCCACGCAUGGGAGUUCCAGACAUCAAUAAACCUUCUGUUCGAGGAGAUCAUCACUUUGUUGUAAAUGUUUUGAUCCCAAAAGAAAUAAGCAACUCAGAACGUGUACUCUUGGAGCAAUUGGCUUCAUUUAAGAAAUUGAAUUCUUCUGAAAGCAAUGGGAUACCUGAAGAUGGCUUUGCGAAGCACAAAGUUGGAGGCAAAGAGAACUUCCGUUCAAAACCGGGAAUGAAACGUGCUGCAUCUUUGCGGAACUCAAUAAAGGGCUUCUUGCGGCGCCGGAAGUCUAGUGAAGGGUUUGCAGCAGCUAGUGUGGACACAUCAGCAUUACUGUGGAGAUCAAGCUUGUCAGGUUCCCCAUUCAUGGUUUCUGUAUUUAUAGCUUUCGUUAUAACUUGUAUUUGUAUCUUGGUGGGAAAGACUUGUUACCCCAAAUUAAAACAAAGAAAUGAUUCUCAUUCUCAUAGAACAUAAAGGAAUAACAAUGAUAUUUAUAGUAUUUUUAAGAUAAUUAGGUCCUGAAGGCGAUAUAUUGACUCGUGUGCACCCAAUUCCCAAGUACCAAACGGUUUUUCCCAGAUUCUUACCUGUAAUAUAGUCGAUGAUAUGUUGCAAGGUUUUGUUUUU